AUGGCGGCGGACGCACGCACGGAACCGGCGCUGGACCUGGAGGCGCUGCAGCGGGGGCUGAAGAGAGUGCAGUUCUUGUUGCCAACGCGGCUGCAGGCGGUGUCGGCGGCGCAGUUUUCGCGACGGCCGCCAGUAGCGCCGAUGUUUACGUUGUUUGCGAUGGGCCGUGAGCCGCGGUCGUUCGGAGGCCGGGAGGAGGAGGCGUCGGCGGCGCUGCGGAGGUUGUUUGGUCCGGCUGCGCAGCGGCGACUACGCGCGAUGGAGGCUGCGGACUACGAGCGGUGUACGAGCGAGUACCUAGAGUUGGCUGCGUUCGUGUGCGGCUCGAUCGUGGCGCCCUUUGGCCCGGCGUGCGACGAGCACACUCUGCGCGCACAGACUGCGCUCCGGGGCGAGGGACCGACACGGCUAGCCAUUUGGGUCUCGGCCUGCCGCCUGUGCGCAGCCCGGGUCCCGCUCCCGCUCCUCGUCGCAUUCUGCGAACAGGAAAUCGGCUUCACGCCCUCCUACUUUCUCGGCGGACCCGAAUGUCUACGUCGCCGCUGCAUCCCCUACAGACGCAGCGAACUCAGACGCCACCACCCACGUCAUCGCAACGGCCUACUCUACUACCUUCGUCCCUUCCUGAGCCACCCCGUCGAAGUCACGCUCGACGAGUUCGCGCGCCUCCGCCCGCGCAACCGCCUCAAUAACGAAUCCGACACAUUCGCCGACCUGCGCGAAUACCUCCCCCACCACUCGCAAAAGGGCCAACGCGCGCACGACGACGGACGUACGCACGACGACGGACGAACGUACGACGACGACGGACGAACGCACGACGACGGACGAACGUACGACGGCGGCGGACGAACGCACGACGACGACGGACGUACGCACGACGACGGGCGAACGCACGACGACGCACGCACGCAAGACGACGACGCACGCACGCACGGUGAUGGACGCACGCACGGCGGGCAGCGGCGCGCGGGGAUGCCCUGCUUGCUGCCGCUGGACCCGCUGGCGGGGGCGGUGCUGCGGCGACAGAACUGUACGGCGGCGCUGUGGUCACUGGUCAUGAACCCGCCCUGUUGGCUGAACGACGCGCAGCGGCAGGGACUGCCGGUGCUGCUGCAGCUGGUGGGCGCCGACACGUUGGAGGGGCAUGCCCUGAUUCCUGAGACGGCGCUAGAGAAAGUCGACUCCUACCUCUCGUGGCUCGCCUCCUCGGUGCCCAUCCACGGCUCGAACGCCGCGCUGCUCGUGGCCGCACAGGCGUUGCGCUACCUCGAACUACCGCGGGACCUCCUCGCCGACUUCCUACUCGUCAGCUAUGACUGGCAACAAAUACAACGCACACUUCUCCCACAGGUUCUCCAGACGCCCUUCCUCGCUCACGGCGUCUCCCACUCACUGGAGACCCGCAAACUCGCGCUCCUGCGGGCACUCCAAAGUGCCAAGAUCAUCAGCGCUACACCAGACAGCUUACCCAGCCCCGCGCUUCACUGGCGACCAGAAGAUCUUUCCGCCCAUCCCUCCAAGAACCACCCGACAUCACCGACCAAAUCCUGA